AUGAACGCAUAUCAAUUACGCCGGGUGCCAUUUCUCGCAAAGCGGGCUGUGACACCCUGUCGCAGCGCAAGCAAAGCAUCUCGACCCCCAAAGCCGAGCUCCAAGCCAGUGGCCAUAAAAAGAAGACAUGCCGCUCCGCCUCGUCAGCGCCAUCCAGAGCCGCCAACCUCACAAGCUGGCGCGGCCCAAGGCCCCAACGCAGCACCAAAACCAGCCCAUGGCAUCCCGCCCAAAGCCCUGACUUUCCUGGGCGUCUCAGCACUCGCCCUCAGCACGUACUGCGGGUACCUGUACACAUCGUACACGCGCGAAGUAAGCAAAGCGCAAACCCUAGAUGUGCCGCGCGACGUCUCAGACCGCUACAACACGACAGCCGCGACCUUCGACGCGGACGUCGAGCUCUCCGAAAAGGCCAUGGGACUGGGCAAAAAGCGACGCGAGCUGGUGCGGCAAGCGCGCGGGCACGUUCUCGAAGUCAGCUGCGGGACGGGGCGGAAUUUGCCAUUCUACGAGCUCGGCGAGCGGCGCGGACUCGACGCCGCGGGGCAUGCGGGUGUGGUGGGCUGUCGGUCGGUGACGUUUACCGAUUUGAGUCCGCAGAUGGUCGCUAUUACGAAGGAGAAGUUCCAGAAGCUGUAUCCUACGUUCUCGGCUGUGUUCCGGGCUUGUGAUGCGGGGGCGGUGGUGCCGUCGAACGCGCCUUAUUUUGAUACCGUUGUGCAGACUAUGGGGCUUUGCUCGAUGCCGGAUCCGGUUGCUACGUUGCGGCAUCUCGGGUCUGUUACUGAGCCUGUGGAUGGGCGGAUUUUGUUGCUGGAGCAUGGGCGGUCUUAUUAUGAUUGGGUUAAUCGGAUUUUGGAUAAUCUUGCUCCGGCUCAUGCGGAUCGACAUGGGUGUUGGUGGAAUAGGGAUAUUGGGGAGAUUGUGCGUGAGAGUGGGUUGGAGAUUGUGGAGGAGAAGCGUUGGCAUUUGGGGACUACGUGGCGGUAUGUGUUGAGGCCGAAGCAGGGUGUUGAGAAGACUCAGUCCUGA